UUAAUUAUUACAAUCAAUUUGUGCGCAAUGCCUCUUCCAUUUCAGCUCCGCUUCAUCGCUUACGCCGUAAAGGUGUUCCGUUCGUCUGGACGACGGAAUGUGAACGCGCCUUUCGCCAGUUGAAAUCGGCGUUGCUUUCUAAUACUUGCCUUACGCCAUUCGAUCCCCAGAAACCCCUUUUGUUGAUGGUAGAUGCAUCGGAUUUCGGGAUCGGUGCUGUGCUUGCGCACAAAGUUGGCUCCCAUGAUCGCCCUAUUGCCUUUGCGUCCAAAUUGCUCUCGUCUGCGCAAAGAAAUUAUUCACAGAUAGAGAAAGAAGCUUUGGCUCUCGUGUUUGGUGUUACAAAGUUCCAUGAUUUCUUGUAUGGUCGUCACUUUACCAUCAUCACAGACCACAAACCUUUGACAUCGCUUUUUCAUCCGACCAAGCCUGUACCUCCACGUACAGCGCAGAAAUUCAUUCGCUGGUCUAUUUUCCUCUCGCAGUACCGCUACGAUAUCUUGUAUCGGUCCACUGCUAAGCACGGAAACGCCGAUGCGUUGUCCCGUUUGCCUGUUGCUGAGGAUAAAGCAUUCGAUUCUUCCGAACUUGCUUGCAUGUUCAUUGAUUCGGAAACCGAUGAAGUGGUCGAAUCGUUUCCGAUUGAUUUUCGUCGUGUCGCUACAGCCACAGCUGCUGACCCUGUCCUUGCUACUGUUUUGCGUUUUGUUGCUACGCAAUGGCCUUUGUCAAAGUCUCGGAUCGAGGAUCCGUUGGUUCGCCGAUUUUUUGCUCACAAGGAGAGACUUUUUGUUCGACGUGGUGUUUUGUUGUUGCGUUCUGAUAAUGAUCAGUCCAGAGUCGUGGUCCCACGUUCGUUACAGUCCUCUGUUUUACGGCUUCUUCACCAAGGACAUUGGGGUAUAGUGCGAACGAAACAACUUGCUCGUCAGCACUGUACUUGGUUCGGAAUCGAUGCUGCGAUUACGAAUAUGUGUUCUUCGUGCCCGGCGUGUGCCGAACAACAAUCAGCACCGCCGCGGAAAGUCUUUGCGUGGCCAAAAGCCACUUCCCCUUGGCAACGCUUGCACAUUGAUUUUGCUGGUCCAUUCUGGAAUGCUCGAUGGUUGGUUCUGGUCGAUGCCUUCAGUAAUUUUCCUUUUGUUGUCCGGAUGUCUUCCACGACGUCCUCCGCCACCAUCCAAGCGUUGUCUGCUAUCUUUUGCAUUGAAGGUCUUCCGCAGACUAUUGUUUCCGACAAUGGCCCACAAUUCAUGUCCGCAGAAUUUCAGUCAUUCUGCCAGGCCAAUGGUAUUCAACAUCUGACAUCCGCGCCGUUUUCGCCUCAGUCCAACGGUGCCGCUGAACGAUUGGUCCGGACUUUCAAGUCACAGAUGUUGAAAUUGAAAGAGUCGCAUUCUCGGGAGGACGCAUUGUUGCUCUUUUUGUCUUCGUAUCGCUCUCAGCCCCGAGAUCGUCGCUCGCCGGCUGAGUUGCUCCACGGUCGUCCUCAUCGCACCUUGAUGUCUUUGCUGCAUCCGCCGCAUCAGGUUCCUGUGCAGCGGCAGACUCCUGCUUUUGCUCCAGGCGACGUUGUAUUUUAUCGCAACUAUCGAGGUUCACGGCGUUGGCUCGCAGGGCGCAUUCUUCGCUGCCUCGGCCGCGCGAUGUAUUUGGUUUUGGGGGCCUCUGGUGAGGUGCGUCGGCAUCUCAAUCAGCUGCGCCUCUGUCGUCGCUCGGGUUCUGCCGCUCCCCGUCUGCUUUCAGCGACGGUGCCGUCCGGUCAGCGCCCUGGGGACCCAUCUACUGGCUCGCCUCAUCCCCAGGUGUUACCGACGAUGCCUUCCAUUUUGCCCCAUGGCGACGCGCCGCCGCCGCCGCAGCAGCAGCAGCCGCCGCCGCCGCCGCCGCUUGUUCUCCCGCCGGCGCCGCCCGCAUUCGACGCUUCGUUGCAGCCGCCAAGCGCCUCCCAGGGUCACGCGCCGCCGAUCGCUUCCCGUGACCAGCUGUCCUCCGCCAUGGAACUCCCGCCCGCUCCGGACCACAUGCCGUCAUCGCGCGUCGGCUACCCCGACGCCAUGGAGGUUGAUCCUUCGGUCACUCCUGUCUCUUUACGGGCGCAUACGCCGCAUGUUGACGUGCACCCUGGACUAGUUUUUCAGGCGUUUCCUAGCUCCCCUCGGACCGUAUGGCCGGGUGCGGGUGGCACAGCCUCGCCUGUUGUUAGGCUCCCCACCUCAUCGCAUACGUCAACAUGUGGUCCUCCCCACGGCGGGCGGAAGCCUUAUCACACGACCGUUCGCCGAUUUGCGGGGGAGGAAUGUGGUGUCACCGCCAGACACCACACUUGCUAGGUGGUAGCUUAAAUCGGCCGCGGUCCAUUUAGUACAUGUCGGACCCGCGGGUCGCCACUGUGUGAUCGCAGACCGAGCGCCACCACAAGGCAGGUCUCGAGAUACGGGAUAGCUCUCGCCCCAGUUGUACGGACGACAUUGCUAGCGACUAUACGGACGAAGCCUUUCCUCUCAUUUGCCGAGAGACAGUUAGAAUAGCCUUCUGCUAAGUCCAUGGCUACGACCUAGCAAGGCGCCAAUUGUAACAGUGCAUGUAUCUUACGAGUCUCAUUUGUA